AUGACUUCGCCAAAGAUUCAAAAGGAUAUAAAAGCCAUAAUUGAUGACUUGGAUGAAGAUUAUAAUGGAACAUUAGUUGAUGAGUCCAAGGAGAUCUCGCACCAUGAACAAAUGGCCCUUGCUUUGCGGUAUGUUGACAAAAAAGACCAAGUGAAUGAACCAUUUAUUGGUCUUUUUAGUGUUGGUGAUACAUUGGCAAAGUCAUUGAAGGAAGCUAUCCAUUCUUUGCUUUCGUUUCACAAUUUAAGUUCCAACCCUAGUGAUAGAUUGCAUGCAAAAGCUUAUUUGAUUGAAAUUAAUGGUUUUGAAUUUGCUUUCUUGCUUCACUUGAUGUUAAGAGUGUUGGUAAUAUCGAACGAGCUGAGCAAAGCUUUACAAAGGAAAGAGCAAGAUAUUGUUAAUGCCAUGGUAUUUCUUGGCCUUACAAGGGAAAGGCUUCAAAAAUUGAGAGAGGAAGGAUGGAAAGAAUUCAUGGAUGAAGUCUCUUCAUUUUGUGCUAAACAUGAUAUUUUGGUGCCCAAGAUGGAAGAAUUCUAUAUUCCUGGAAAAUAA